UCAUGGCGUCCGCUCAGGAACAACCAGAGUUGAGUUUGAGAGAGUGGGGUCUUAGAGCUCGAAUCCGCCAUGAAUACACCGUUUCAAGAAGAUACUCAGGUUCAUUCAUCAGAAACACAAGCUCAUUCCCAUCCAAGUUCACCAUUUCCAGCGACACCUCGUCUCCAGCAUGUUCAUUCAAAGAUGGGAUCGAUCCUUCCACAUAUUCAUUCACCACAGCUCUUAAAGCAUUGCAGGCGCGGUCAUUGUACAAUAGUUUGGAAUGCUCGCCAGAGGGGUUUGCUUUAAACUCCAAGUGGAAUGAGGCUGAGAAGUACAUUUGUAACCCUGUCUCGGGAGAGUUUCCGAUGGAAUGUUUAUCGGCAAAAACGCUGAGCGGAAGGUCAUUCCGAAAAUUGGCAAACAAAAUCAACCUUUCUGGUCCACUGGUUUACCCCUCAACAACACUUGAGGAAGAGGAAGACAUUGCUGGCUUCCCCAUUCCAGGUUCAUCAGUUUUAGUUGACCAUGUGAUUCCAGAAACCAGAGGUGAAUCCUUAAUUAGAGAUGCGGCAACUCAAAGUACUCCUACCUCUGUUUCAACCCCUUCGAUCUUGGAGACACCAUUAAAUCGACCGGGAACUGAAACCGGAGAUUCACCCAUCUCUAACACCAAAUCAAAACCUGAUGAACAGGUUGAAGUGAAAGAAACAAAAGAGAAGAAAGAAGAAGCAAGCAUGGAACACGAAGACGAACAGAUUAGGACGAGAGAAAAGGGUGAAGAAAUGAAGUGGAAUUGCUUGUCAUGGGUGAGAAAAAGGCAGAGAAACAAACACAAAUUUACCUCCAAAAUUGCAUGUUUCCCUCACCUUAAAGGCUGCUAAA